GUUUUGUGAGCAUGCGCACUAUGCACGCAGGCGCUGGCAUUUGGGAUGCGGCCAUCCUAAACAAUAACAAUCUGUCCUGCAAGAAGAAACGUGUUCGAGUACUUCCAGCGGAACGCAAAUGGAAACGGAUAGGAAAAGGCCGAACUUGGAGCUGAAGAAGGUGCGCUCUCGCGAUGCGGCGCGCUCCCGACGCAGCCAAGAGACUGAGGUGUUUUAUCAGCUGGCGCACGCACUCCCCCUCCCACGCCGUGUCGCUUCCCAUCUGGACAAGGCCGCCAUCAUGAGGGUGACGCUCAGCUACCUGCGUCUUCACCACCUCCUCAGCUCAGCAGGCCUGGAGACAAGGGUGAAGAAGGAAGAGGAUGAGGCGAUGGAGGAAGAAGAGGAGAAUGUGACCGACAGACUCUAUCCCCGUGCCCUGGCCGGGUUCGUCAUGGUGCUGACGGAAGAGGGAGACAUGAUCUUCCUGUCGGAGAGCGUCAGCAAGUACAUUGGCAUCGCGCAGCUGGAGCUGCUGGGUCAAAGUCUGUAUGAUUUUGUCCAUCCCUGUGACCACGAGGAGCUCCGGGACAUCCUGACCCCAAGGAGACCAGGACCAUCCAAGAAGAAUCAGUCAGAGAGGUGGACGAGACGCGACUUCUUCGUAAGGAUGAAGAGCACCCUCGCUAGCAGGGGCAGGACCGUGAACCUCAAAUCUGCCUCCUGGAAGGUGCUGCACUGCACAGGCCGCAUGUUGACUUACCACACGGAAGAGAAGGUGGCGGCCUCUGCUGGUAGCUUCCUGACACUGCUGUGCGAGCCGAUCCCUCACCCCUCCAGUGUGGAGUUUCCGUUGGACUGCAGCACCUUCCUAACCCGUCACACCAUGGAUCUGCGUUUCACUCACUGCGAGGGCAGGGUGACUGAGCUUGUGGGAUACCAGCCCGACGAUCUCAUUGGCCGAUCGGCCUACGAGUUUCAUCAUGCCUUGGACUCUGAUCACGUGACCAAGAGCUUGCAUAUCCUGCUCUCAAAAGGCCAGGUGUGUACCAGUCACUACCGCUUCCUGGCUAAGAGUGGGGGCUUCGUGUGGGCCGAGACCCAAGCCACCGUCAUCUACAACAGCAAGACCUCGCAGCCCGAGGCUGUCGUCUGUCUCAACUUCAUUCUCAGCGGGAUCGAGGAAGCAGAUAUGGUCUUGUCCGUGGAGCAAGGCCCAUGCCUCGUAAAAUCCAAAACGGGGUCGGAUGCAGAGGAAAUAUUAGUCGCAGAGGCCUGUGAUGACAUCCACGAAACGAAGAAAGAGUUCCAGUCGCCAGCAGACGAUGCUGUUGAUGUGAAAGUGCUUGUGGAAGUAAAAGACUUGUCGUUCUGCCAGCCUUCCUGUCCAAACACUGUUCCAGAGUUCCCCCGCGACCUGUGCACCCCUGAGCUCCGCAUGCUCCUCUCUCCCAUUUUCGACAGGCCAGAAGCCACUACCUCACCAGCCACGAGUUCCUCCGAUGAAUUGCUGAUGGACAAAGACACGGUGGAGAAGUUCUUCACUGUUAGAUCAGAGGACAGUACCGACCACGACAGCCAGUUUGAGGACAUGGAGGGUAUGGAUCUCGACAUGUUGGCACCGUACAUCUCCAUGGACGACGAUUUCCAGCUCACCUUCCUGACCCAGCUCCCAGAUGCCAACCUCAGCUCACCAGAAUCUCCAGUCCCGGUGACGAGGAAGCGGGUUCUGGAAGAGGAUGGAGACGCACCCCUGCAGGACAUCAUGCAGGACAAGAGGCAAAAGCACACUAUGUCUGAGGAGGAGCUUCUGGUGACCAACAUGAGGGAAUGGGGCUGCAUACAGGAUCAUGAGCCUCCUGAAGGGGGGCCCACCCCCCACUAUCGUAACAAGCUCCUCACCGACAGGGAUCCCGUCCUUGGGGGAGCUCCAGGGCCCUGUGACCCUGAAGUAUUAUUGAGUGCCCUUUUGACCCGCCCACCUGAUCCAAUUGGCCAGAAGAAAGGGUGUGUCUCGGCCUUGACCUGAACAAGUGGACGCCUGUACUUCAGCAACUAGGAUUUGGCUGCAAGAUGUUGUGGGGUUUUUUAUUUUUUUUUUUCCUUUUUCUUUUUUCAUUCAAUGGUCAGCCAGCCUCCCAUACUGGAUGUAAAAGCCUACAGGCUUUCAGCACACUGACAGGAAAUCACUCCAGUAAGGCACUUAGUGAGCCUCAGUCCACAUCCUGCCACAUCUCUCCCACCGUAAGCAGAGAUCAGUGCCGUCUGAGCUAAGGAGGGACACUGCCUCAUGUUUGGAGGUGGGGGAUGGGAUAGACUGGCCCUCGUCCUACCAGCAGGCCCUGGACCAGUUCUCAAAUCCAGUGCAGUAUGGUGGAUCCGAGUGUCAUUUCGUUCACUUUGUCUUGGCACCAAGUAUCAUCGUUCGUUAGAUAUCAGGAUCAUUUGAAAAGCAUAGACCGUCGAGUACUUAGGUUUAGACACAUUUGUCUUCAUUUUGUAAUUUCUUAAAGCCCAGCGUUUUCCAGUUCAGGAACAAGAAAUGAUACAGUAAUAAUGGUCUUCUGUUCUAGUCACAAGCAUGUUCCUAAUGCCUAUGAAAUGAUUUUUUUGAAACAUCGUCAGAAAGAUAUUUGAUAGAUGUCAAUAGACAAAUGUUAAAACUAUUUACUGCAAACCAUCUACAUUGGCACAUGGUAUGACAGUUUCAGAAACAUGUUUAUUAAAAAACAGUGAAUUUUAGUGAUUUUCUUUUUGUUGUAUUGUGUAGGAGGCCACGUGCGAUUUCCUUUUAGGUGAGCUGAUCAGCCUGUUGAUGAACGCUCAGGAAAUCUUUGGGAGAUGAAAGAGAAUAGUGGGUCUGCUAGAAUGCACCAUUUUAUGAAAUCCAGAGAUACGGUAGAGCUGUUGUCUAGGUGAGAAGCUUCUUAUGAAUUGGUUCAUAGCAAACAAUAUAUAUGGGAGAAUGAAAGUAUGUUUAGUUUGCGAAUUUUAAUUUUUCCACGGGGUCUUAAAUUGAACCAGAGCAUUUAUUCUUUCCAAGUUUUAAAAACAAACGAAACUGCCGGAUGUUAAUGUAUUAUUUAGUUAACGGAGUAUUGUAAAAGUCUCAACUAUAAGCUUAAGUAAUAUACCAGCAUACACAUUACCAAGACUCGAGAUGGAAAUCACUGUAUGGACUCAAAUGCGAUCAAAUGGGCUGAAUCAUAAGCGGGUCGACAGCUUCAAAUUUAGCAGCAGUUCAUGAAAUUUAUAAUGCAAAAUGUUUUGUAUACACUGCAGUAAGCCAGUAGGGGCUCAAAUUUAAAAUGAGACCUAAAUAUUUCCUGAGCUGAAUGUUGGAAAACACUAUACAUACUGUUGGGCAUAUCCAAGCUAACAUAUUUAGGUUUAACUGAAACCGUAAACCUUGUUUCAGUCAACUGACUUUAGGGUUGUUGUUAUAGCAUAAUUUCAUAUUGCACAUUAGAAAACAAAUACAAUGAGCAAACAAAUGGAAAUUGUAUUUUUCAAUGGAAUGUUUCAAUGGAAAAUGAAAGUGAUACAGGUGUUUGUUUUUUGUUUUGCAGGAGUGUGGAGGUUGUUUGUAUUGAUUUUGCAGCAGUUGUCGCUGCCUUUCAUUGUGUUUAAAAAACGGAGGUAUUUUUUAAUACGGUUUUGUUACAUGUGACUUGAAAUGCUUUCAUGCUAGAGUAUCUCUGUAUCGGUUCUUGUGGUUAGAGUAAGGAGCUUGGAACAGGGAUAGUAGUAACCAGUUAUUGUGGAAUGAAAAUAUCUUCACAUUGUAAGCUAUUGUGUAAGCAAUUUCACUUGAUUUCAGAUCAACUUAUGCAAAUCAUAACCACGCACAGUUAGACAAUGCUUGGUCAAUGUUAAGAUUUAUUUUCUGACUUUGUAUACAUUAAUACUAAUAAAGACAUUUUUACAUAA